CCUGGUUCUUUUUUAGACCACGUCCACCGCCACGAAAAGGGCCAAAAACUUCGACACAACAGCAAGAAAGCGAAAGGGUCACGAAUUAACGAGCAGCCGAGUCAAUUAGGUAGGAAUGAAGGGAGUCACUCCACCCCUUUUAUCAUGCCCCUCAACAUGAACAAAAUCGUCGCAAACGAAGUGGUCAACAGUGCCAAUUAUCCAAGCACAACAGCACACUAAACAAAGAUAGAAGCCAUGAGCAAAUGAUGCACGCACACAAAGCCUAAAAAAACAAGUCAGAAAAAACCCAAACGAAGCGCCUAUAUAAACCAAAUCGAACACACGGCAACAGCACACAUAAACACGAAUCAGUUGUGGACACAGAAAGCAAGAAACCAACAUUCCAUUGUCCUUACCGUUGCAUGCAGGAAAGAGCGGCCCGGCCAUGAAGAGGAUGAGCUCGACGGCGGCGGCGGCGUUCUUGGUGGUCGCGGUCGCCUGGCCGCUGCUGGCCUCGGCCCAGCCGGCGGCGCCGGGCAUGCCUCCGCCGUCCCCGCCUGCGGCGGCCACGAACAACUCCCGGCUGGAGAAGGCGUACGUCGCGCUGCAGGCGCUGAAGCGCGCCAUCACGGACGACCCCAAGAAGCUGACCAAGAACUGGUGCGGGCCCGACGUGUGCAACUACUUCGGCGUGUACUGCGCGCCGGCGCCCGACGACUCGUGCCAGCGCACGGUGGCCGGCGUGGACCUCAACCACGGCGACCUCGCCGGCACGCUCCCCGAGGAGCUGGGGCUCCUGUCCGACCUCGCCGUCUUCCACCUCAACUCCAACCGCUUCUCCGGCUCCCUCCCCGAGUCCCUCCGCUCCCUCCACCUCCUCCACGAGAUCGACGUCAGCAACAACCAGCUCUCCGCCCCCUUCCCGUCGCAGCUCCUCUGCCUCCCCAACGUCCAGUACGUCGACAUCAGGUUCAACAACUUCUGCGGCGAGGUGCCGGCGGCGAUCUUCGAGAAGAAGAUCGACGCGCUUUUCAUCAAUAACAACCACUUCGAGUUCACACUGCCGGAGAGCUUCACCAACUCGACGGCGUCGGUGAUCGUGCUGGCGAACUUGCCGCGGUUGGGCGGCUGCCUGCCGAGCAGCAUCGGCGACAUGGCCGGGACGCUCAACGAGCUCAUCCUCCUCAACAGCGGCAUCUCCUCCUGCAUCCCGCCUGAGAUCGGCAAGCUGGACAAGCUCACCGUGCUCGACCUCAGCUUCAACAGCAUCGCCGGCACGCUGCCGGACACCAUCGGCAACAUGCGCGCGCUGGAGCAGCUCGACGUCGCGCACAACCAACUCGCCGGCGAGAUACCCGAGAGCAUCUGCGAGCUGCCGCACCUCAAGAACUUCACCUACUCGCACAACUUCUUCUGCGGCGAGCCGCACCGGUGCCUCGAGGUGCCGCACAUCGACGACAGCCAGAACUGCAUCGCUGGGCGCCCCGACCAGCGGCCCGGCGAGGAGUGCAUCUCGUUCCUGCACCGGCCGAAGGUGCACUGCGACGCCCACGGGUGCAUCGCGCCACCAUCUCCACCGCCGCCGCCGCCGCCUCCCGUGUAUGCCCAUCCGCCGCCGGUAUACUGAUCUGUGGUAAUACUGUAACAUGUAAUUGCUUGCUGGCUUUGUGGAGUGAGAACUAAAGGGUAAAUGCAUACACAUGGUAUAUACUGUAAUCUUCAUUUUUCGUCAAACGAGUAAUAAAUUCAUAUUUCUGCAUAACAGAAAGCUUUGGGUAUUCUCGAAAAAAAAAGCAUUCACAUUGCACAAAUCAACUCAAAGUUUGGUGAAAGAGACUUAUCAAUGUAUUCCUUUAUUGUUUCU